AUGUGCCCAACUGCCCCGCCGAGAAUUGUCACCACUGUGUCACCUGCCACGUCGACCGGGGAGACCGGGGCGGCCCCUCCUGGCACAACGGAGACGAGCGAGCUGCCCACCACCCGGCCCGGGGCCACCACAUCAACGGACCAGAUCACUCAGCCGUCUAGCACGACGACGCAGGAGGCCACAACGCUCCCUCCCGCCACGACCGAGGAGACAGCCGCGCCGCCCGCCUCGACAGACGAGAAGACGACAGUCAAGGCCACCACAACUCAGGGGGUAACGACAACCGUGCAGGCCAUCACGACCGGCUUCAGCACGUCGACCAUCUGGAGCACCUCGUACCAGACCGUCACUCAGUGCCCGCCCGAGGUGCCCGACUGCCCUGCCGAGAGCGCCACGACGGCCAUCGUGACGAGCACCGUCGCCGUCUCCACGACCGUGUGUCCCGUCACAUCGACCGAGGAGGCCAGCGGCACGGCUGAGGAGCCCCCCGUCCCCACGACCAAGGGAACAGCGGCACCCCCUCCGGCCUCGGGCACGACGCUCAUCACCACCACUCUCCCUGGGGCAUCCACCCCAACCACUGUCUUCACCUACGUGCCCUCCCACACCAGCAAAAUCCCCUCUCUUGUCCCCCCCUCCGCCAGCCUACCCCCCCUGUCGAGCGGGUACGGCACGCCCUCCUCCCACACGCCCUCUCUUACUCCAGGCACGCCUACCCCUGUCACCCCCACACCCACACCCACACCCCCCAUUCCCACUGCGGCGGCCGGUCGUGUUGGCAGCCGCGGUGUCGGACGAGCGAUCGCGGCGGCCGGCCUGGCCAUGCUGCUUGUUUAA